UUAAAACAAUGCCCGACGGAAGGCUAACAUUGCCAAAAAUAUGAUAAAUAAAUAUUUUAAUCGGAUACUUAUAACGGUGAAAUAUUUGGGCUAGUUUGCUCUGGCACACAAAUCGUAUCUACAGGUAAUAGCUGCCCACUGGAAGAUUUUGAUAUCAGGUGUUGUCAACUCGCCAACUUUUGCGCAACAUACACAGGAAUAUUACGAACAGUUUUUGGGAUGGCAGACGAGUGGGUUCUUUUGGUGUUCUGUGUGUCGUCUGUGAACGCGGUCAUGGAGAUCCCUGUACUGACCACGCGCGGUGUAUUUCUAGACGUGAACGCCAAGUGGCUGGAAGGGUUCCGGCGCGACCUGCUCCGCGACAGCUACGACUACGGGCCGCCGUCCGCCGCGCCCGCCGGCCGGGGCGGCGCCGGGCGCGGCGCCAGCAGCCAGCCCGCCGCCGCCGGCAGCCGCCAGCACGACGCGCCCUCGCAGGAGCUCGGCAUCUCGCGCCGCGACCUGCGCGACCCGCAGCACGAGCUCGGCAUCGAGCUGGACGGGCCGGAUUCGCCGCGAAGACCUUUUCUAGACAAUCUUUACGACUUGGAGGACACGCUCAGACCCGUCUACAUGCAGUCCAAUAGGAUCUCGGGAGCGAGGAAGCGGUGGAGCGACGGGGAGGAAAAUCCUUACAUCGAAAAAAACGGAAUCAAACUAUAUAAAGUUCCCCCGAACCCUAACGGGAGGAUAGUUCCUCGGAUGUCGGCGGAGAUCGGCUUCGCGAGACCUCCGGACCGGGCGCGCGCGGCUUCGGAGGAGCAAUUCGGGGGGAUGGAAAUAGAGUCUAAACCUAGACAGUACGAUAACGAUCGAACGGAAGACAUGUAUCGAUACGUGGAUAGAAUACCGUACAGACAAUCCGCGUAUAGAAACGACGGGAAUUCAUACAGAAAUAAUGACAGAGAUAGGUUCAGUAACUACGGCGACGUUCCCGACGGGAUGCAGUUCAGAGCUAACAAUGUGCGCGGUGUAAACAUCGAGGAGGCGGCGGAGGACAGGAAUAGCGAGAGUUACGAGGAGAGCGCGAGCGCGGAGGAGGAGGAGGACGAGGAGCCGCCGCGGGAGCCGCCGCCGCCGCCGCGCGACUACCGGCCGCCGCCGCCGCCGCCCGCGGCCGCCCUGCGCGACCAGUACGCGCCCGACUGGCGGAGGGCUCUGGGAAGGGGCGGUUACGGCGACAAGUUUGCAGAGAGGAGGGACAGGGACCUGUUGGCCGAUGAAGCCCUUUUAUCACCGUAGCUAUCUACUAUACUAUACUUACGUGUUUUAACUUAAUAAAUAUUUCUAUUUCUA